GAGAGAGAGAGGGCUUUAAUAGCAGUAUAUAAACUCUGGAACGACAUAAAAAUAAAAUGUAGGAGAGGAAAAGGAAGAUGAGAAGCAUGAAGGGAGAAGUAGAGCUCAACGUUCCUGCAGAGAAAGCUUGGGAGAUGUACAGAGACAAUGAGAUCAUUAGCAAAAUCAAUCCUGAAAUGCUUGCCCUUGCUGAAUACAUCGAAGGAGACGGCAGCCCUGGAAGUCUCAGGCUCUUCAGGCUGGGACCUGCUGUAAGCAGCUACGUGAAGGAAUCCACGCAGAAGAUAGAGAAGGUAGAGAUUGGAAGGUCUGUCACAUAUCGCGUUGUUGGGGGUGACCUUAGGGACAUGUAUGAUCCUUAUAGGGUUACGUUUUCAUUUUUUCCAGUGGAAGGAAAGGAGGAGGAGAAAUGUAUUGCUGAAUGGAAGGCUGACUAUGAGCUACUGAAUUCAUCAACGCCUCCCCCAGACAAAGCAAGGGAUGCUGCCCUAGGUUUCCUCAAGUCGUUUGACAAGUUGGAGCCAAGCUAUUAAGUGAUGUGAGAUGUUCUAUGUAUGAACACCAAACUACAUACUUUACAUGCUAUUUAUGCAUGAAUAUUGUGUUCUAUGAGAUAAGUGUGGUGUGCAUCAUCAUGUAAACAGAAACUUAUGUGACAAAGUGUAUGGACUUCGUCUACUCUUUAGUGA